UCAACAGCUCUCAGUGAUGGCAAAACUUGCAGUGGUUGUAGCAUUUCUACUGAUAGGAAUCAAUGGAUUCCUGUCGAUUGAGAAAAGUUCCUUUGUAGCUGCUUCAGGUUUCGGCCAUGAAAUUGUGGCAGCCGUAUUGGAUUCCCUCAAUUUGAACUUGCACAAAGCCAACCAACUACUGGAAAAGCAGCACAACGCGAUAAAAGCAAUACAUUCACAGCUCGCUAACAUACGGACAGAAAUCCAAACGAUCAAGAGAAUCGAAGCCGGUAUGAAGAAGGACAUCGAUUCGCUACGCGCAGAGAUUUCAAACAACGAAAACAAGCAACAGGAAAGGCUGGAAAUGCAAAACCUCGAAACGAAAACCACCAAUGAAGCGCUACGUGCUGAGCUUGCCGAUAUGAGAGAAAUGAUCCGUAACAUCCAACAAUCUCAGCUGAGAAACGACCCUCCAGCAAUAAAAAGAACCUCGAGUACAACCCAUGGUCCAUAUAAAAGCAUUAACGGAUUUCAACCGAUUAAAACCGCUACUCCUAUUAAAACUAGUCGAAGUUGUAAUCAACUGAUAUGAAUCUAGAUAUUUAGCAACCAUGUUCUGUAUGGCUGAUAAGAGCAUGAGUUGAUCGGCUAACGAUCGGAAAUGUGAUUCAACAUCGAAUGAGCAAGAGGAAGUUUCGAAAGCUCCUGAAGUAUUUUUAAGUGCAUCUGGACAUUAACAACAGCAAGGAACCAGAAACACUCUACAGGAUAACAUAAGUUUCAGGGGAAAAAUCCUCUAAAAAUAAGUUCUGGUGAAUUCCUAUACCAUCGUUGAAGAGAGUAAAUGGAAAAAAGUGACUUUCUGUGUUCAAUACUCCAUAUUUGAACCAUCCGGAAUUCAUCAGUCCCACAUAGGAGUAGUUAUUUCAUUCCGUUUCUCUGUAUGGAAUAUCAUAGAUCAGGGGUGUGAUUUCAAUAUAGAACU